AUGCCUAACCCGUCGACAGAAGAGGGACAAGCUAUCCGUGCCCGGCUGGUCAAAAAUCUCAUAGAUAGAGACGUUCUCGACUUUCUUGACAUCCAAAUCAUUUGGGAAAGAGGCCGGCGUUAUACCCUUUUUGACACGAUCAGAGCGUUCAGUUUCCAGGUAAUGGGGGUUCCAAAGGCAGAGAUUGUGCGCACUGUCGAGGAGAAAUUUACGGAGCGGGACCUGUCUCCUGAAAAGCAAAGGGAAGUCUUCAUUCAUCUCGCCUGGUACUUUCGAUGCCCCAGUUGCAAAAAGACCAGGACGGCCGACUAUUUCGAGAACACGCAAUUCAAACUCUGGGACAAGCGGGGAGAGCCGAAGUUGCGGACCAGCGGUGAUUGCAAAUCCUGCCAGCAACAGCCAAAUGCGAAUGAGUUUGAAUUACAGAAUGAACACUAUACGUGGUGA